AUGACUACCAGAAAUGUAUCAAAACAUUAGCUAGUUAGCUGGCUACGCACCUGUGUAUCCUCCCAGCUAAAAUAAUACUACACACUACACUAUGUCAAAUAAUAUCAAUUGAUUAUACACAUGUUUGGAUAGCUGUGCUUUUCGUUAUCGUUAGGCAGUUCGCUAGCUAGCUAUAUUCCAAAAUAUUCAACUGUCUGCGUUCGAAGAGGUAGACAAACGAGCUGUGUGGGAGGAGGCCAAAACCAGGACAAGAGCGAAGUCGGAGAGCCCGCUUGACACCUGAGGGGAGGACAUUGAAACGCCGCAGUCCGGCCUGAGACACGGGUAGCAGGAUAGGGAAGCAGAGCGGAGAGGCCGCCGCCACAGCGGGGCCGGCGGACAAGAUGGCGGGCAGCCCCGAGAAGAGUGUCUCAGCGCAGGAGUGGAAGGAGCAGGGCAACCGCCUCUUCCUCAGCCGCAAGUACCAGGAGUCGGCCGCCUGCUACAGCAAAGCCAUCAAGCGGAACCCCUCAGUGUCUGUGUACUACACCAACCGGGCACUGUGCCACGUGAAGCUGCAGCAACACGACAAGGCCCUGGCCGACUGCAAGCAGGCGCUGGAGCUGGACCCCCAGUCAGUCAAGGCCCUCUUCUUCCUGGGUCAGUGUCACCUGGAGAUGGAGAACUACGACGAAGCCAUCGGCAACCUGCAGAGAGCAUAUAACCUGGCGAAAGAGCAACGGUUGAACUUUGGCGACGACAUUCCCAGUGCCCUCCGGAUAGCCAAGAAGAAGCGCUGGAACAGCAUCGAGGAGAAACGCAUUAACCAGGAGAACGAGCUGCACGCCUAUCUCACCAAACUCAUCCUGGCAGAGAAGGAGAGGGAACUGGAUGACAGCAGAGAGGAACAAGAUGCCAAGUCGGAGGAAUGCAGAAGCCGACACGACCUCACUAAGUUCCACUCCAAACACGACAAGCACCUGUCAGACAUGGAGGAGCUCUUCUCUCAGCUGGAUGAGAAGAGGAAGAAAAGGGAGAUCCCAGACUACCUGUGUGGAAAGAUCAGCUUUGAGUUGAUGAGGGAGCCCUGCAUUACACCCAGUGGGAUCACUUAUGACCGCAAAGACAUCGAGGAGCACCUACAGCGAGUGGGCCAUUUUGACCCUGUGACACGCAGCCCUCUGACUCAAGACCAGCUGAUCCCUAAUCUGGCCAUGAAAGAGGUCAUCGAUGCUUUCAUCAUGGAGAAUGGAUGGGUGGAGGACUACUGAACAAAGGAGGGAGGGAGGGAGAGAGGGGGAGUAGGAAUCAUUCAAAAAGAAGAACCAGACAUAAAAAGACGACAACAAACCAAACAAGUAUGAUCUGCACUUUAAAGCUGAGACUACACCACAGACUGACAUACCUUCACUAGGACUGAGACUACACCACAGACUGAUACACCUUCACUAGGACUGACACUACACCACAGACUGACAUACCUUCACUAGGACUGAGACUACACCACAGACUGACAUACCUUCACUAGGACUGAGACUACACCACAGACUGACAUACCUUCACUAGGACUGAGACUACACCACAGACUGAUACACCUUCACUAGGACUGACACUACACCACAGACUGACAUACCUUCACUAGGACUGAGACUACACCACAGACUGACAUACCUUCACUAGGACUGAGACUACACCACAGACUGACAUACCUUCACUAGGACUGAGACUACACCACAGACUGACAUACCUUCACUAGGACUGAGACUACACCACAGACUGACAUACCUUCACUAGGACUGAGACUACACCAGACUGACAUACCUUCACUAGGACUGAGACUACACCACAGACUGACAUACCUUCACUAGGACUGAGACUACACCACAGACUGACAUACCUUCACUAGGACUGAGACAAGACCACAGACUGACAUACCUUCACUAGGACUGAGACUAGACCACAGACUGACACACCUUCACUAGGACUGAGACUAGACCACAGACUGACAUACCUUCACUAGGACUGAGACUACACCACAGACUGACACACCUUCACUAGGACUGAGACAAGACCACAGACUGACACACCUUCACUAGGACUGAGACUAGACCACAGACUGACACCCCUUCACUAGGACUGAGACUAGACCACAGACUGACACACCUUCACUAGGACUGAGACUAGACCACAGACUGACAUACUUUCACUAGGAUUGAGACUAGACCACAGACUGACAUACCUUCACUAGGACUGAGACUAGACCACAGACUGACAUACCUUCACUAGGACUGAGACUAGACCACAGACUGACAUACCUUCACUAGGACUGAGACUAGACCACAGACUGACAUACUUUCACUAGGACUGAGACUAGACCACAGACUGACAUACCUUCACUAGGAUUGAGACUAGACCACAGACUGACAUACCUUCACUAGGACUGAGACUAGACCACAGACUGACAUACCUUCACUAGGACUGAGACUAGACCACAGACUGACAUACCUUCACUAGGAUUGAGACUAGACCACAGACUGACACACCUUCACUAGGAUUGAGACUAGACCACAGACUGACACACCUUCACUAGGACUGAGACUAGACCACAGACUGACACACCUUCACUAGGACUGAGACUAGACCACGGACUGAGACUAGACCACAGACUGAUACACCUUCACUAGGACUGAGACUAGACCACAGACUGAUACACCUUCACUAGGACUGAGACUAGACCACAGACUGAUACACCUUCAGACUAGACCACAGACUGACAUACCUUCACUAGGACUGAGACUAGACCACAGACUGAUACACCUUCACUAGGACUGAGACUAGACCACAGACUGACACACCUUCACUAGGACUGCCAUUAAAUCUCCUGUUGAUCUAUACAUCUCUCUCUCUCUGUUUCCAUCAUUGUCCUUUUCCCCCCAUUUAUUUUGUCUCUCAGCUGCUCAUACUAGUCAGAUCCAACAAUUAGGACACGCUACCAAACAUUGCACCGAAUCAGAGCACAUCAUCCAACAACAGGACCCAAUCAGAAUAUAGUACCCAACACCUUGGGCCAAUCGCUUGAACGUUACACCCAGAACAACCAAUCAUAUUGCAGACCCCUAAACCCAGCGGCCCAAUCACAUCCUAGACCUCGAGUCUAAAAGUGCAGCCAUUGACCAAUCAGGGCUAAAUGUACUCUACUUGUGGUGAUGCUCCACAACUUGUCUUCUAUUUUAAAUCUCCUUUUCUAUGGGGAAGAGGACUGUCUGAGGCACCGCCAUGUUUUCUCCACUCUCCAUUGUAGUCCUCUUGAGUGGCCUGUAGAUGGUCCAAUGUAGUCCUCUUGAGUGAUGGGCCAAUUUUAAACCCAAGCUGAUCUCUUACCACCACAAUGCAGCACUUCUCUCUAUCCUCUUGGAGGGCUGAAAAGACUGUAUAAGCAUGAGUUGUAUAAUAUAGAACGAAACCCUAGCACUCAUCUUCAGUGUUUUGCAGUAUGUAGGGAAGCAAUAUGUGUAAUCAAUAUGAUGGAAGGGUCCAGGAAGAGCAUUGAAGGCUUUGUGCAAAGGGUUGUUUUUUGACCAAGGACGUCUCUAAUUUUGGCUAGCUGAGUUUCCACCAUUUUGUUGCCACUCAUCUGGCUCAUACAGAGCUGAACGUUAAUGAAUGGGGAAGUGCGUAGCAGUAGGGGUUGGGGUCAAUUCUAUUUCAAUUCGUCAAUUAAGAAAGUAAACCCAAUUCCAAAUUUUCUUUGAAAAGAUUGGUUUAAAAUUGUGUGAGUCACAGGUGUGUUUUUGAAGGCUGUGUUUAAUGGUAAUGUGUUUUCUCUGGUUUACAUGUUGCUGAAUGUUUUCAGGUGGUGUCCUGUCUGUGCCUCAAGUGGCGCUUGAAGUAGAAUAUGGAAGUCAGUCAUCUGAUUGGCUUUGAGAAGGACUGUCUUUUAAGUAUAACUUACUGCUCGUGGUCGCUCUUGUUUUAAUGAUUCCACGCUUAGAGCCUUAGUCCAAUGGCUGCAAAGCAUGGUUGGGGUCGAUUUACAUUUUUUCAAUUCAGACGAUUUUAGAAUGCAAAUUCAUGAAUUAAAAUAUCCUGAUUUAAAAAAAUGGGUCACUUUCAAUUCCACCCCUCAACCCUGCUGCAAACAGAUAAUCAGUUUCCUCUUCUCGUCAUUUCAGAAAUCAUACAUUCCUCUCAGCCAUACGACCCUGUUUGAGUUACCAACUGAAAAUGAUUGAAUGUGAAAUGAACCUGUAUAUUCCUACCCUCUGCUGGAUAUGAGGAUGCAGUUAUGUUGUGUUAGUCUGUCAUGUGUACAUGUAGGGUUGGGGACAUACUCCGCUCCCCCUGAUUCCUCCUAAGAGAGGGGUGGGAACAGUCAACUUUCUCUGGAGCCUCAGUGGGACUGUGAAUGUUCUUUAUUUCACUGUUAUGUCUACAAGUGUUCCAAUAAAGGCUACAACUUA